UUUUUUUUCCUCCAAUUUGUGGAGUAAAUAAAGAAGAAGAGAUGAUACUGAAAGCAGUUGUGCUGCUGGGCUGUGCUCUGGGCAUCAGCACGUUCCCCAGGGAAGAACCUGAAGAUGGAGGCAAGCACUGGGUAGUGAUUGUUGCAGGCUCAAAUGGCUGGUACAACUAUCGACACCAGGCAGACGUGUGCCAUGCGUACCAGAUUGUACAUCGAAAUGGAAUUCCAGAUGAACAGAUCAUUGUCAUGAUGUAUGAUGAUAUUGCUGAUAAUGAAGAAAAUCCGACAAAAGGCGUUGUCAUCAAUAGGCCUAAUGGCACAGAUGUGUAUGCUGGAGUGCCCAAGGACUAUACAAAGGAGGAAGUUACUCCAAAGAAUUUCCUUGCUGUUCUCAGAGGAGAUGUGGAAGCAGUGAAGGGGGUGGGAUCAGGAAAAGUAUUGAAAAGUGGUCCCAAGGAUCAUGUGUUUGUUUAUUUCACUGACCAUGGGGCUCCAGGACUUCUGGCUUUUCCUGAUGACGAUCUUCAUGUGAAGGACUUGAAUAAGACUAUUUGGUACAUGUAUCGUCACAAAAAAUACCGGAAGAUGGUGUUUUACAUUGAAGCAUGCGAGUCUGGAUCUAUGAUGAAUCAUUUGGCUGAUAGUAUCAAUGUUUAUGCAACAACUGCUGCCAAUCCCAGAGAGUCAUCUUAUGCAUGUUACUAUGAUGAUGAAAGGCAGACUUAUCUUGGGGACUGGUACAGUGUGAAUUGGAUGGAAGAUUCAGAUAUGGAGGAUCUAAGAAAAGAAACACUCCACAAGCAGUUUCAGCUGGUGAAGAAACGCACCAACACCAGCCACGUGAUGCAGUAUGGAAACAGAAGCAUCUCCUCCAUGAAAGUGAUGCAGUUUCAGGGCCUGGGGAAGAAAGCUAUCCCCAUUUCUCUGCCACCUGUAGAACACUAUGACCUGACUCCUAGUCCUGAUGUGCCUCUUGCAAUCAUGAAACGAAAGCUGAUGGCUACCAAUGACAUUUAUGAGGCUAAGAAGAUUGCUGCAGAGAUAAAAAUACACCUCGAGGUGAAAGAAUUUAUCCAAGAAUCUAUGCGAAAGAUCAUCACCUUAGUAACAGGAUCAAAAGAGCAGACCAACCAAAUUCUGUCAGACAGAUUGACCAUCAGCAAUUAUGACUGCUACCAGUCAGCGGUGAACCACUUCAAAGCUCGUUGCUUCAACUGGCACUUAUCCGUGUAUGAGUAUGCACUGAGACAGCUGUAUGCCUUGGUCAACGUUUGUGAAGGAGGAUACCCCAUUGACAGAAUAUGCCUGGCCAUGGAUCAAGUGUGCCUUGGGUAUUGAUGGAAACAACAGCCCUUAAUAUAACCCUUACUACAACUGAUAACUUUUCAUAACUGUAAUAAUCCAGACUUUACAUGCAUGCAAUGUGAAGAGAGUCAACCACUGUACUGGGACUGUGCUGGGAGCUGAAGCUCCCAACCAUGAGCAGCACAGCCCCUGCCAGUGCUCUCCCCGGCAUCCCCUCCUGC